GCACGUGGUCUUGGCGAACUGGGCUAUCGGCGACCCACGAUGACAUGCAGGCUGGCUGGGCUUAUCGGCGACCCACUUACAUGAGGGCAGAGGCAGGAAGACAGGCAGCAAAGUCAGUCAACGCUCAAGUGUGGCAAAACAGUAGGUAGAGCGCUAUGACUCGUAAAACACAUGCCAAAAUCCCAACACCCCUCCUCACGUCUUGCAGGCUACUGCGAGACGUGGACCACACAGAAGCUAAUUACUUGUACGCAGUAUGUAAAUGUAUGCAGGUAAACCGACGCCAAAAGCAGUUCCAUGCAUUGCAUUCUUUCCUGCAACGCACUCCCCUCCUCAAACACAUCCUCUUCUCACAUAAUCCAGGGCGUUCGAUCGUCCGACAGCAAGUUCACUUCAGUCAGUGGCGGCGGUGGUGGUGGUGCUGCCGCGGAUGCCGACUGGGGGGCUGUGUUGCUGGCUCGAUGAGGUGGUGUCCAGUUGAUGGCUUCCAGAUCACCACUCAGACACUUCUCAUGGCGCAUAAAACAGUAGCGCCAACCGCCGUUGUGGUCCUUCUUGCAGAAGUCGCAAUUGACCAUGCCGAUACGGGUGCGAUGCUUCUGCUGCUCGGGUGUGAAUGCGAUGGGUGGAGAGCGGCUGGCAAAUGACUGUGACGGCGUGGUGAGACCGGGGUAGCGGAAGAGCGACGAGCGGGCUGUGCUUGUUGUCAUGCUAAAAAUAUCCCUGGCUUCGCUGUACGAUGGCGUGGCGACAGUAGGUGGCUUGUGCGACUCGCCCCAGAACCGCAGAUCCCUCUUGAUGUCGUUCAGUGGGGAGUUCUUGCGCAUCGCCUCUUCCUUCAGCAGCAUCAGGCUCGACUCGGGCGGGAUUGAGGCAAGCAGGUAGCCGCGCUGCACACGCGCAUCCAUAGCUGUCCCUGUGACGUGUGCGUAGGUGUUGACGAGGCCCUCAAAGCGCAGCAGCUCUGUCUUGGCCUGGUAGCUGAACCACUUGAAGCUCCGCAGCUCAUCCAGCAGUCGAUCACUAAUAGCGGAUCCAUCACCGAGGAAGCACUUGCGCAGAUAGAACCACGCAUACGAUCCGUUGCCUCUCUUGUUGACGGGGACGUUGGCGAGGUAGGCAGCGGCUUCACCCUGGCAGACCGACACGAGAAGACGCCACAGGGCCUUCACCUUCUUCCAGUCGUCCUCAGUAAGGGUGGAGCCAUCCUCUGUUGGUUUCUUGAUGGCGUCUGCUGCAGGUUCUGUCUCGGGCAGGAGGUUUGCGUAGUCUUCUGAGAGCAGGCUGCUCACACGAAGCUGCCAGCGGUAGUAGUCGAGCUCAUCUCCAUCGAGGACGGGCACAGAGAGCUUGACGUCAUCGAGAGUGACCUCGCAGAGGCGUUGAGUAGCGGCGAGAAGCUGACUCUCGGUCAUCGCUGUAGUGCAGUUCUUGCUGCGCCCAUGUUGAAGUUGUUGUGUGGAGAGCAG